ACAUCAUCAGUUGGACUAUAUGUGCUUGUGCUUAGAAAACCAUAAAGCCAAGGAGAGAAACAAGCAAACACUCAAAAGACACACAAAUAUUGCAGUUGCAGGCAUGGAUUCCAAAGCUUUAGCUGAUAAGCCUCAUGCCAUCUGCAUUCCUGCUCCAUUUCAAAGUCACAUUAAGGCUAUGCUUAAUUUCUCAAAGCUUCUACACUACAAAGGUUUCCACAUAACCUUUGUCAACACUGAAUUCAAUCACAAACGUUUACUCAAAGCUAGAGGCUCUGACUCAUUAGAUGGCUUACCGGACUUCCGAUUUGAGUCCAUUCCAGAUGGCCUCCCUCCUUCGGAUGACAACGCCACGCAAGACAUGAACGUCCUCUGUGAGUCUGUCAAAAGGAAUUUCUUGGCUCCAUUCCUUGACUUGAUCCAAAAACUCAACUCUGCUGGCCCUCCGGUGACGUGUAUUGUUGCUGAUGCUUUCAUGAUGUUCACAACCACAGCAGCCCAACAACUUGGAAUCCCAAUUGUAUUCUUGAUUGUUGUUUCUGCUUGUGCGUCCAUGGGACAGUUACAGUAUCGUCCGCUCAAAGAAAAGGGCAUUGUACCACUGAAAGAUGAAAGCUAUUUAACGAAUGGAUAUUUGGACAUGGUCAUAGAUUGGAUACCUGGCAUGAAAGAUAUCCGUUUGAAAAAUCUCCCAUCUUUUCUUCAAAUAACAGACCCAAACGAUUUAUUAUUCAACUUCAUCAUGGAAGCAACUGAGAAAUGUCACGAUCCUAAUGCACUCAUCAUCCAUACUUUCAAUGCAUUGGAGCACGAAGUUCUGGAUGCUCUCUCAACCAUAUUUCCCCAAGUGUAUGCCAUUGGUCCAUUCCAGUUACUACUCAAUCAAGUGAAGGACAAUCGCUUGAAUUCCAUUGGAUGUAACCUCUGGAUAGAAGAGCCUGAAUGUUUAGAAUGGCUUGAUUCCAAGGAACCCAAUUCAGUAAUCUAUGUAAAUUUCGGUAGCAUGGCAGUUAUGACAAAGGAGCAGCUCAUCGAGUUUGGUAUGGGACUUGCUAACAGCAAUCACUAUUUCUUGUGGAUAAUUAGGCCUGAUCUGGUUAGAGAUGAUUCUGUAAUCUUUCCGCCAGAGUUUGAAGAAAAGGCAAGAGGAAGAGGUUUACUUGGAAGCUGGUGUUCACAAGAGGAAGUGCUCAAUCACAAAUCCAUUGGAGGUUUCUUAACACAUUGUGGGUGGAACUCGAUACUUGAGAGUGUGUAUGAAGGAGUGCCUAUGCUUUGUUGUCCAUUCUUUGGCGAUCAAACGAUGAAUUGCAGGUACACUUGCAUCGAAUGGGGGAUUGGAAUGGAGAUUGGCAGUGAUGUCAAUAGAGAUGAAGUAGAGAAGCUUGUGAAAGAGUUGAUGGAGGGUGAGGAAGGCAAGAAAUUGAAACACAAUGUGAUGGAGUGGAAGAAAAAGGCAGAAGAGGCUACAAGUUCAACAGGUUCAUCUUGGAUUAAUUUGGACAUGGUGGUUAACAGAGUUCUUCUAUCAAAGGACCAGAAGUUACCCAAUAUAAAUUAAGUUAGUGCUUAUAGAAAUAUGUAGUGCCAUAGUUCUUCUAUCAAAGGACUGUUGAUUCUGUAAUUUAGUAGGCAGUUCAAGUUUGUUUCUUUGAUGUGAUUGGAAGUUACUGGACAGUGCCAAUGUCUUAUCUGGUUCUAUUUGAAUACUAUAUCAAGUGUUCGACUAAAUGCCUUAGAGAAGAUGUAGGAAAUGAAAGCGUACCUGAGUAUUUCCAGGAGAAUGGGUUUACCAACGUCA